AUGUCUUUUCUGGAUUGUUUCUGCACUUCACGAACACAAGUUGAAUCACUCAGACCUGAAAAGCAGUCUGAAACCAGUAUCCAUCAGAACUUGGUUGACAAGCCAACCCUUCCCUGGUUGUCUCCAUCUGCUAGACUCAGUGAAGCGGUCUGCUCCACCAAUGCUUCUCACUAUGAACUCCAAGUGGAAAUAGGAAGAGGCUUUGACAACCUGACUUCUGUCCAUCUUGCACGGCAUACUCCCACAGGAACCCUGGUGACUGUCAAAAUCACAAAUCUGGAAAACUGCACUGAAGAACGCCUGAAAGCUUUACAGAAAGCUGUGAUUCUAUCCCACUUUUUCCGGCACCCCAAUAUUACAACUUAUUGGACUGUUUUCACUGUUGGCAACUGGCUUUGGGUUAUUUCUCCUUUUAUGGCCUAUGGUUCAGCAAGUCAGCUCUUGAGGACUUACUUUCCUGAAGGAAUGAGUGAAACUUUAAUACGAAACAUUCUCUUUGGAGCAGUGAGAGGGUUGCACUAUCUGCACCAAAAUGGCUGUAUUCACAGGAGUUUUAAAGCCAGCCAUAUCCUCAUUUCUGGUGAUGGCCUAGUGACCCUCUCUGGCCUGUCCCACCUGCAUAGUUUGGUUAAGCAUGGACAGAGACAUAGGGCUGUGUUUGAUUUCCCACAGUUCAGCACAUCAGUGCAGCCGUGGCUGAGUCCAGAACUACUGAGACAGGAUUUACAUGGAUACAACGUAAAGUCAGAUAUCUACAGUGUUGGCAUUACAGCAUGUGAAUUGGCCAGUGGGCAGGUGCCUUUCCAGGACAUGCACCGGACUCAGAUGCUGUUACAGAAAUUGAAAGGUCCUCCUUACAGCCCAUUGGAUAUCAGUAUUUUCCCUCAGUCAGAAUCCAGAAUGAAGAAUUCCCGGUCAGGGGUAGACUCUGGGAUUGGAGAAAGUGUACUUGUCUCCAGUGGAUCUCACACAGUAAAUAGUGACAGAUUGCAAACACCAUCCUCAAAAACUUUCUCCCCUGCCUUCUUUAGCUUGGUACAGCUCUGUUUGCAACAAGAUCCUGAGAAAAGGCCAUCAGCAAGCAGUUUAUUGUCCCAUGUUUUCUUCAAACAGAUGAAAGAAGAGAGCCAGGAUACAAUCCUUUCACUGUUGCCUCCAGCUUAUCAAAAGCCAUCAGUAGCACUGCCUCCCGCGCCUCCUUGGACUGAGCCAGACUGUGACUUUCCUGAUGAAAAAGAUGCAAACUGGGAAUUCUAG